AUGUUGGAGGGACUGCGGGAUUGGAUCAGACAAGCCAAGUACCUCCAGGCAGUAUCAACAACUUUGCGUACAUACAACGCAAGAGAUUACCAGAGAUUGGACGGCGAUGUCAUUGUCGAGAAAUACGUCGUCAGAAAAACUAAUGUUGUUCUUUGUCCUGCGGGAAUCCAUGAAAGGUUCAGGGAUUGCCAAUUCAGUGGGAAGUGCUCAAAACUAAUAGAGGCCCACGGAUUGCAGAUGAGUGUUACAGAAGAAGAGCUUCUUGUGGUUGUCACAGAGUUUCAUUUCAACAACGCGAUCCUGAUUAACAAUACUCUCUGA